UACAGUAAAAAUGAAAAAAAUGGAAAAUGAGGUCCAUGUACUACAAAAGGAGUUAUCUGAAACAAUAGAAAUAAAAUUACAGUUAGAACAUCAAAAUGAUGAAUGGGAACGAGAUUUCUACAGUUUGAGAUCUACCUUAAGACAAGAAGAAGAGAAGAGAAAAAAUGCCAAUGCAUUGUAUGAAAAAAUCAGGGGACACUUAAGAAGAAAAGAAGAGCAGUACAGGAAAGAAGUUGAAGCAAACAAACAACUUCAGCUGACGCUGAGAACACGAGAUACGGAAUUGAGGACAGUAAGAAAUCAUUUGAACCAGGUUGUACAAGAGCUAAAUGACACCCAGAGGCAACUUUCUCGGGAACAGAACGCCAGAAUAUUACAAGAUGAAAUUCUGACCAAUCACCUUUGCAAACAAAAGGAGAUAGCACUGGCUCGAAGGAAAAGGAAUUCUCAGAUUCCUCACAGCCAUGACAAAGUACAAGAUCUGUUGCAUGAAAAUCGCAUGUUGCAGGACGAAAUUGCCACCCUCAGACUGGAAAUAGACACAAUAGAAAAACAGAACCAGGAAAAUAAAAAGAAAUAUUUCGAGGACAUUGGUGACCUGCAAAAGACAAUAAAACGGAAUGGGGAAAUAGUAACAACAAUGAUAUCCGAGUAUACUGCACAGCUUGGUGUCCUGACAGCUGAGAAUACCAUGCUCCAUUCUCAACUGGAGAGGGAAAAACAAAAGAAAGAAAGCCUGGAGACAGAAGUUGAAUCACACCGUUGCAGACUGGCUGCUGUUAGACGUGAUUGUGAACAAAGUGAGACAUCAAAAAGAGACGUGGAACUUGCUUUCCAGGGAGCAAAAGAUGAAUGGUUUCAUUUACCGGAGAAAAUGAAUUUUGAUGUGUCGGACCUAAAAGCUAACAGUGUCCUUCGUUCUCAGCAACUGUCUGGAACUCAAAGUAACUUGGAAAGCCUAAGCCUUAAGUUCCAACACACAAGAGAUGUUCUUACAGAAAAGCAGAAAAGAGGUUUGUUUCAGAAUGCACGGGAAGAGACCUACGCCAAACCCAGUGUCAAAUCCAGGAAAUUCAACAAAUGUAUCAAAGUAAACAAUGUAACUGAAGGAAUUCAUUGGAAAGCAGGAAUCUGUAGAGGCGAGGCUGUCUCAACUGCAGAGUGAAAAUAUGUUGCUUCCACAGCAACUGGAUGAUGCUUACAACAAAGCUGACAAUCAAGAAAAGACAAUAAUUAAUAUCCAAGACCAAUCUCGUGGUACUGUGAAAAAUCUUCAAGCUGAGAAAGAAAAGCUAGAAGAGAAAAAUCACACAUUAAUCAACGAAUGCAAUCAUUUUUUUAAAAGGCUUCAACAACAGGGAAAUGAGAAAGCAGAAAGAGAAAAUUCCAUGAAAAGCCAUGCAUGGUCGCCGUCUACCCUGGAAAUGUGACAGGAACCUUCCAGUUCAACCAUGUGAUUUCACUCAUGAGAUGGAGUCUCACUAUGUUGCCCACGCUGGUCUGAAAUUCCUGGCCUCAUGCAAUUCUCUCUCCUCAGCCUCCCAAAGUGCCAGAAUUACAGAACAUAGAAGAGCAAACUGAGGGUUUCUUGGACAGCAUUGCAGCCAAGGAGCUUAAAAGAUGCUGCAGGAGUUUCAAGACAGUAUAGCUAGAGAGCUACUAAAAGCCAGCACACUGAAACUGUUCUCAGAAAACAAAGGCAUCAUCGACUUCCCAGGUUUAUGGUGGUGAUUUAAGGCCAAGAGACAGACUCCAGGCUCAUCUAGUAACACUCAGGCUACUCCAGUUCAAAGGCAGCCACGUGACAGGUGACAUUUUAAAUCUCCAGUCAUUUACUUUGUCAUUGGUUUACUUUUGCUCUCAGGAAAGGUUCCAGAUUCCUAGCAUGGAGUAAAAGCACCCAAAUCAGUUUGGCUCCUGUCAAGUUAUUCUGCCUCAUCUCUCAUCACUUGCCAUACUCUGUCCCUUUGCUCUAGCAUCUCGCCAAAGUCGGCUACACAGAACACAGGGACCUUCCUCGGCUCCAGCUCUCUGCACGUGUUCUUCCCUCCACCAGCCAUUCUUCUUUCUUGUCCUUCAGGUACUAACCUACAUAUUGUCUCCAGCAAACAGCCUACAAUAUUGACAUGAAACUGAGAUACAUGUCUCUUCUGUGUGUUCCAACAGUGCCCUGUUUAAUACCUGCCAUAGUGUCUGUGACUGUCUGUGGAAAUUGCCUGCGUGUCUGCUUGCUUUUCAGGUUGUAGCAUGCAAUGUUGAGGGGUGGACUGUAUCAUCUUCAUCUUGUAAUUUCGGUGCUUGUCCUAGUUCCUGAACAUAUGGUUGUUGAAUAAAUGAAUGAAAAAUGAGAAAACCAGGAGCUCUGAUACUUAACCACAAUGGUAAUUCAAUCUGUGACUAUGACCAAAUUAUAUUUCACAGUAAUUUUGUAUUGUAAUAUUACAUAUGAAUUUUUUAUUCUUAUGAACACUCAUGAAGUUCUCAACUCAUGUUACUGACUUACACUUAGUUAAUUAUGGAAUAUUUGAGAUAAGUAAUUCUUUCCUUUUUUUUCCAGAUGCUGCUGAAUUAGAAUUGGGAUCAUAUGUGGUUCCUCAUCUAGGAACUAGUGAUGAGUCAAAUAUAAAUUAAGAUAUAGUUUGGAAAUAUUAAGAAAUAUGUAUUGAUUUUAACCAGAAAUAUAUGAUCUGAAAGAUAGUAGAAUGUAAUUAUUGGUCUGUUUACCUGACAUUUUGCUUCCCAUUAUGUAUAUGAUGUGAAAAUCUUUAUUAAAGGAAAGUAUUUUUGUAUCA